AAAUAAUACAUUAUAGGCAUUAAAAAUAACUAUGUUACUAUCGUAAACCUUUGUCCGGUAGUGUUUGCUUUAGUUUAUUUUUCGAUCUUUAAUUGAACGAGUGCAUCUCUAACAUUUCAUAAUCUCCCGAAAAAUUGAAACAAUACAUGAGAAAUUGAGAAAAAUCAUGUUCACUUUGGCGACAUUGUUGGUUGCGUUUUUUGCGUGUUACUCAACCAUCCAGUGGUCGCCGGUGGGUGCUGCAAACAUCCUGGCGGUUCAGACGAUUCCGGGCAAGAGCCACUGGAACGUGAUGCGAGCGGUGUUGCAGGCGUUGACUGACCGCGGUCACAAUUUGACCGUGUUCACGCCAUUCACGGAAGGUUGCCGGGACGGUUACACGGAGGUGGACAUGUCCGAGCAAAUGGUACCGAUACUCGGCGUAAACGCGACAUUCAUAAUCCAAAAUUACGGCUCCAUGCGGAACAUGAUGCCGAACAUGAUGAGCUACACCCGAGUGAGUUGUAACAUAAUUUAUGGACAUCCACGGAUGGUGGAAAUCUUGGACAGGGCGGCGACGAAGAAAUUCGACUUGGUCAUCACCGAACCUUUGGGGUCCGAGUGCGUGGCGUACGUGGCCACCGUGCUCAACGUGCCCAUGGUGUACGUUGUCCCACUUCCAGUGAUCACGUACCUGGAACGUUCGUUGACCGGACACAAUCCGAACCCGGUGAUAUCGGGACACGCGAUGUCUCACCUCGGCACGCUUAAAACUUUCGCCGAACGUUUCGCUAACGUGGCACUGACGGUGUACUGUUCGACGCUGAAGUGGUACGUCGAGCUGCGGGACCGACAGGCUGACCCGCGUCCGUACGAUGCCGUAGACCUGGCUCGACCGUCUAUGAUUUUUAUCAACUCGCAUUUCACCAUCGAACCGGCUCGGCCGCUGACGCCAGACGUUGUUCAAAUCGGCGGCAUUCACCUGACUCCACCCAACCCUAUACCUAAGGACAUUUUAGAAUUCAUUGACGACGCGCCUCAUGGGGUGAUUUGCUUAUCGUUUGGUUCUAUAGUUUUGAUGUCAUCUUUACCGGAAACUGUUCAGCUCGCGUUCUAUGCUGCACUGUCUCGAGUUCCACAAAAGGUGUUGUGGAAAUACGAAGGCGAAAUGAAAGACAAACCGAAGAAUGUGAUGACCAGGAAAUGGUUUCCGCAGCGUGACAUCCUUUUGCAUCCUAAUGUGAAACUGUUUAUAAGUCAUGGAGGUAUAUCCGGAGUGUACGAAUCUUUGGACGCUGGUGUACCUGUACUUGGUUUUCCCUUUUACAACGACCAACCAAGAAAUAUUGACAAUUUGGUCAACGCUGGGAUGGCAAUUGGUAUGGACCUGUUAUCUGUUACAGAAGAUACGCUGUUAACCGCCAUUUUGGAGAUUGUUAACAACGAUAGGUAUCAGAAAAACGCUAAAAUCGCUUCCGAACGGUUUAAAGACCGACCUAUGUCAACUGCAGAAUCUGUGGUUUACUGGAUAGAGUACGUUCUACGUCAUAAAGGAGCACCACAUUUAAAAUCUCACGCUUUUAAUCUGACGUGGUAUCAAUAUUUUUUGGUUGAUGUAAUAAGUACAUUUUUAUUUAUUGCGUUUGUUGUUUUGUUCAUAAUUUACUAUAGCCUAAAAAUCAUUUUUAAACAAAUUCAUAAAUUUUUUCAUUGUUUUAAAGAAAAACGAGAAUAAAAUAAAAUUACACAAAUAAUAUGUAUUUAAAUAUUUUACUUGUUCCAAUUUAUGUGUGAUGUAAGAUGUUAUAUUAUAACCGUUGUAUUCUCUGUAUGCUAUGCUUCAAUACUUGGUUGUUAUUUUUCCUCUAAUGCCUUUUGAAUUUAAGAGGACGCUACACAGACAAAUGUUGUUGUUUUCGUCUCACAUCAAGUGCGUAACAUAGUACCUAAAUCUCUCAUCAGAUCACGUUUAGUUCCGUUAGUUUAAAAACUAGAGUGAAUUGACCUCCUAUAAAAUUUAAAGGUGAGAUUAUUAUCUAAGGCAUUUUAUAGUAUUUUUGUUAUAUUUUAAUUUAAAUGCUAGUAUGUACCUACUAUGAGUAUUUUAAGAUAUACAAACAAUUUACAAUUUUAAAAUACUGAUAAUUCGCUUUAAAUUUAAAAUAUAAUAAAAACCUACCUAUAAGGCGCUCUAGUUAAAAAUCUUACCUUUAAAUUAUAUAAGAGGACAAUUCACUCUAAUUAUUAAACUAACGGAGCUAAACGUGAUUUGCUGAGUGUACAAUUUCCUAUGUUACGCACUUUUAAGAUGAAGACAACUAAUGUCCGUGUAGCGUCCUUUUAAUAAAAUAUAUAUCAAUAUAAAAAUUGUUUGCGUUGUGAUUUGUUACAUUUAUUGAAUGUCCUGACAAAUGAAAUAAAUUUUGAUCUAAUCAAUA